AUGAGUCAAGAUAAGCCCGAACAAGAUAUCCAUAACGAUAAGGACAAUAACGUUGUUGAAGCUUUGAGAACCAUUGUCAGCGCAACGAAGGACCGAGACGUCAAAUCUAUCGGAAUUUUUUCGAAUUCUAAUUCAACGCAUCCUCAUGACACAUUGGUGCAUCGAUUCUUGAGCCCGCUGUAUAAAGUGGCGCCGUCGAUCGAACGAUUGGCAGCGCGUGAACAUUUCGGAAAUUUCGUGAUAGUUCGUGAGACGGGGGAGAAAAUCUGGGAAGAGAUGCCAAUAUAUGCUAGGAUUGGGAUGCAUUUACUUUUUCUGGAAGACAAAGUCGUCGAACUAUCUUCAAUCCAGCGUUUAUUCUCCGAAGAAUCAAUACGCCAAGGAAAAUACUUUGAUUCCCCCGGCUCUGCCCACAACAUCCCGCAUUUUAUCGCCCAAUAUCAAAUUGACCUUAGUGAGCUGGUAGAACCCGAUAUAAACAAGUAUGCGACAUUUAAUGAAUUCUUUUAUCGAAAAUUGCGGAAAGAUGCGCGACCAAUUGAUGAAAAUGCGGACGUCGUUGUAUCGCCUGCAGAUUGUCGGAUGAUUGCUUUUGAGAAUAUUGAUCUGGCGACAAAAUAUUGGAUCAAGGGCAGAGAAUUUACAGUAGAAAAUCUUUUGCAAAGUAAAGAAUUGGCAAAAAAAUUUGACGGUGGAUCUAUUGGCAUAUUCCGAUUGGCCCCUCAAGAUUAUCAUCGAUUCCAUUCUCCAAUUGACACGAUAAUUGGUGCAGAAACUCAUAUUCCCGGAACUUAUUAUACUGUGAAUCCAAUGGCCGUUAACAAAGACCUAGACGUCUUUACCAAAAAUGUGCGAACAGUUCUUCUCCUAAAACCCGAACCACCGUCAUCCUCAGCAUCAUCGGAACAGGGCGAAAAAGAAGUAGCUUUCAUCGCGAUAGGUGCACUCUUAGUAGGCUCUAUUAGAAUCACGGCACACGAGAACCAAAAAAUUUCCAAAGGAGAUGAGUUGGGAUAUUUCGCGUAUGGUGGAAGCACCAUUAUCGUGUUAUGGCAAAAAGGCGAGAUUAGUUUUGACUCGGACUUGAUUACAAAUUCAAAGAAUCAAUUAGAGACGUUGGUUAAAAUUUUCAUUUUUAACCACGUGAAUGACUCGUAUCUUGAUCUCGUAAAUAAAUACGGGAUACAUAUUGAUAUUGGUGCAUCAUCUCGUAUAAUGCUUCCUUAUCGCGACACGUCGUCAACUGAGAAUUCGCAAAACUACACAAUUUCAACGAAUCUACGUCAAAUUCAGCGCAACUUUGUUGAAUUCUGUAGACCAGCCACAGCUCAAUUUAACAUUUUACAUCGCGUCACAGCAGGGUUAUCAGACUUGCACCAGAAACUGCGGUCACAACAACAACAAAAAGUCAAACGCUCGCAGUCGAUCCUACAAGAUUCUCGGGAUAAAUCAUGCGCUACUAUAGACAAAACUAAUGCUGCUAGCAAUCACAGCCACAACGACACCCAGAAGCACUCGCGCCGUUUAGAUUCAAGGGAAGGCCGUGGCACUUUCUCGCAAACAUUAUGUGCCGAAGACACUUACUUUCCUGGACGGCCAUUAGUCGCUAUUAAAAUGAUGGCUACGAAAUAUAACUCAAUUGGGAUCCAAGAAUGCAAAAUUCUACGAUAUCUGAACGCAAGUGAUGUAAAUAACAGUGUACCCGUGGUCAAAAUAUUCAACACAUUCGUCUUUGAACAACAUUUCUGUCUUGUUUUUGAGUAUCUAAAAGGUGGAAUGUUGACAACAGUGCCUAAAAAUCAACCAGAACAUACGCGAUUACACGUGAUACGUAAAUUUGCUUGUCAGAUAUUAUCGGCGUUGAUGUACCUUCAGAAAAUGGGGGUAUUGCAUGCUGAUUUGAAGCCGGAUAAUAUUCUAUUGGAUUCAGGGAAUUCAUCUGCAUUAAAAAUAAUCGACUUUGGGAAUGCUAUGAAUUUGGAUGAUGUAUCGAUAUACUUUAAAACCUUCGAAAUUCAAAACCCAUUAUACAGAGCACCAGAGGUGCUUCUUGGAAUUCCUUUCGGAUCAGCAAUUGACAUGUGGUCUUUAGGAUGCAUUAUCUGCGAAAUUUGGCUUGGUCGACCAAUUUUCCAGAGUUCAACCGAAUUACUAGAUCAAUCACAACAGCAGCAAGGUAUGCCGAGGAAAAGUAUAAUAUAUGCGAUCAUCCAAAUCCUGGGAAAAUUUCCAACUAGCCCAUAUAGUCGAGCAAAAUUUCAAAUGGAGGAUAUAUUACUUGAAGGGGAAGAUGAUCCUUUGUUCGAGGCCAAAAUACACGCAUUUCGUAAAUCGCGACUCUGUAAAGUAUUGAAAACGUGCAACGUCGAUUUUAUUAACUUUAUUGAUGACCUUUUUCAGUAUGAUCCCUUGAAAAGACCAUCACCUCGAGAAGUUCUCUGUCAUCCUUUUCUGGCACCAUUAUUUCCAUUUAGUUUGUUUCAUGAAGAGAGUAAUAAUAGCAAUAGUAACAAUCACCAGAAUCGAAGAUCCUGUCAACUCUUUUUCUCUAGUACUUAA